CGGCGUCCAUUUAGAGGCGGGAAAAGAGAACUUCUGAGCACCUUUGCUUGCUGAGUGGUAGCCUUUCCCCUCAACCAGCAAUGGAGGAGCAGCCCCAGAUGCAAGCCGCCGACGAGCCCGCGGACUCCGGAGGGGAAGGCGGGGCAGGCGGGCCGCCGCAGGUCGCCGGCGCCCAGGCGGCGCGCAGCGAGGACCGCAUGACCCUGCUCCUCAGGCUGAGAGCACAGACAAAACAGCAACUCUUAGAAUAUAAAUCAAUGAUCGAUGCAAGUGAAGAAAAAACUCCAGAACAAAUUAUGCAAGAAAAGCAAAUCAAAGCUAAAAUUGAAGACCUGGAAAAUGAAAUUGAAGAGGUGAAAAUUGCUUUUGAGAUAAAACAGCUUGCAUUAGACAGGAUGAGACUUUCAACUACACUUAAAAAAAACCUGGAGAAAACUAGCACCCAGUCUAGUGUGCUCAUGGAUAACAUGAAACACCUAUUAGAGCUAAAUAAAUUAAUAAUGAAAUCACAGCAGGAAUCUUGGGAUUUAGAGGAAAAACUGCUUGAUAUUAGAAAGAAGAGAUUGCAAUUAAAACAAGCUUCAGAAAGUAAGCUUUUAGAAAUACAGACUGAAAAGAACAAACAGAAGAUUGAUUUGGACGGUAUGGAAAACUCAGAGAGGAUAAAGAUCAUACGACAAAACCUACAGAUGGAGAUAAAAAUUACUACCGUUAUUCAACAUGUGUUCCAGAACCUUAUUUUGGGGAGUAAAGUCAAUUGGGCAGAGGAUCCUGCCCUUAAGGAAAUUGUUCUGCAGCUUGAGAAGAAUGUCGACAUGAUGUAAUAAGAAUUCAUUUCUGACAUAUUUUACAUUUCUGGCAAUCUCAACUCUUACUUGGAAUACUUCUGUGCAUUUGUCUGUCCACCGUAAUUUUAGAAAAGCAUAUCCAUAAUGUUUACAGUUGUACAGUUGUGGUUAGUUAUUUGUAGUGGGAUUGAAAGUAAUUUUUUUCUUUUUAUAUUUCUCUAUUUAGUUUGCUUUUUUUUUUUUUUUUUGAGAUGGAGUCUCGCUUUGUCACCCAGACUGGAGUGCAGUGGCGUGAUCUCGGCUCACUGCAACCUCUGCCUCCCGGGUUCAAGCAGUUCUGCCUCAGCCUCCCGAGUAGCUGGGACUAAAGGUGCACGCUGCCAUGCCCAGCUAAUUUUUUGUAUUUUAGUAGAGACGGGGUUUCACCGUGUUGUCCAGGCUGGUCUCGGAACUCCUGAGCUCAAGCAAUCUGCCGCCUCGGCCUACGAAAGUGCUAGGAUUACAAACGUAAGCCACCGAGCCUGGUCUAGUUUGCAUUUUUUUCUAUCAGUUUUAUAAGUUAAGAAAUAAAAGGAAUUAAUGUUA